CUCCAGAGCCUGUGUGUGACUAUGCCACCAGGGCUGGCUGUCUCUGUGCUUAAAGCCAUCUUCCAAGAAGUACAUGUACAGUCUCUGCUGCAGGUAGACCGACAUACAGUCUACAAUAUCAUCAUCAACUUCAUGAGAACUCGAGAAGAAGGUGAUGGAUGGGGAAAAAGAUCCCCGCAACCUCCUGGUGGCUUUCCGCAUUGUUCAUGACCUCAUCUCCAGGGAGUAUAGCCUGGGACCUUUUGUGGAAGAGUUGUUUGAAGUGACAUCCUGUUAUUUCCCCAUUGAUUUUACUCCUCCUCCAAAUGAUCCCCAUGGUAUCCAGAGAGACGAUCUUAUCCUGAGUCUACGAGUGGUGCUGGCUUCUACACCACAGUUUGCUGAGUUCCUACUGCCCCUAUUGAUUGAGAAAGUAGAUUCUGAGAUUUUGAGUGCCAAGCUGGAUUCUCUGCAGACUCUGAAUGCUUGCUGUGCUAUAUAUGGGCAAAAGGAACUGAAGGACUUCCUUCCCAGCCUUUGGGCUUCUAUCCGCAGAGAGGUGUUCCAGACGGCCAGCGAGCAGGUGGAGGCAGAAGGCCUGGCAGCCCUGCACUCCCUGACUGCGUGUUUGUCCCGAUCUGUGCUGAGCGCUGAUGCCGAGGACCUUCUUGACCCCUUCCUUAGCAACAUUCUACAAGACUGCAGGCACCAUCUGUGUGAGCCGGACAUGAAACUGGUGUGGCCUAGUGCCAAGCUGUUGCAGGCAGCUGCAGGUGCAUCUGCCCGGGCCUGUGACCACAUUACCAGCCACGUUCUGCCUUUACUGCUGGAGCAGUUUCACAAGCAUAGUCAGAGCAACCAGCGGCGGACAAUCCUUGAAAUGAUCCUGGGUUUCUUGAAACUGCAGAAGUGGAGCUAUGAUGAUAAAGAUGAAAGGCCUCUGUGUGGCUUCAAGGACCAGCUGUGUUUAUUGGUCUUCAUGGCUCUAGCAGACUCCAGUGCCCAGCUUCAGCUUGUUGGCAUCCGAGCACUCACAGUCUUGGGUGCCCAGCCAGAUUUCCUAUCUUCUGAGGACUUGGAGCAGACAGUGGAUCACCUGUAUAGACUGAGCUUCUUGGAGGAGGAUUCCCAGCGUUGCAGGGUAGCAGCACUGGAAGCAUCAGGAGCCCUGGCCACCCUCUACCCUGGGGCCUUCAGCAACCAUCUAAUACCCAAGCUUGCUGAGGAGCUGCACAGAGGGGAGUCUGACUUUGCUAGAGGGGAUGGGUCACCCAAGUGCUCACCGCAUUUGCGCUGUCUGCAAGCUUUGUCAGCUGUUUCAACAAAUCCCAGCAUCGUCAAGGAGACGCUGCCUCUGCUGCUGGAGCAUCUUGGGAGGAUAAAUAAAGGCAAUGUGGUUACAGGACCCAGUGACAUUAUUGCCGUCUGUCAGAGUCUCCAGCAGGUGGCAGAAAAAUGCCAGCAGGACCCUGAGAGCUACUGGUAUUUCCAUCAGACAGCUGUACCUUGCUUGUUUGCCUUGGCUGUACAGGCUUCCAUGCCAGAGAAGGAGCCCUCAGUUUUGAGAGAAGUGCUAUUGGAAGAUGAGGUCUUGGCUGCCAUGGUGUCUGUCAUUGGUACUGCCACUACUCACUUGAGCCCUGAGUUAGCAGCCCAGAGUGUCACCCACAUAGUGUCCCUCUUCUUAGAUGGCAACACCUCCUUUCUGCCUGAAAACAGCUUCCCAAGCAGAUUCCAGCCAUUCCAGGAUGGCUCCUCAGGCCAGAGGCGGCUGGUUGCAUUGCUUAUGGCUUUUGUGUGUUCCCUGCCUCAGAAUGUGGAAAUCCCUCGGCUGAACCAGCUCAUGCGAGAGCUUCUGGAGUUAAGCUGCUGCCGUAGCUGUCCCUUCUCCUCCAACGCUGCUGCGAAGUGUUUUGCAGGACUCCUCAACAAGCAUCCUGCAGGGCAGCAGCUGGAUGAAUUCCUGCAGUUGGCUGUGGAUACGGUGGAAGCUGGACUGGGCUCUGGGCCCACUCGUCAUCAGGCCUUCACACUGCUGCUCUGGGUAACAAAGGCUCUAGUACUCAGAUACCAUCCUCACAGCUCCUCCCUUACAACUCAGCUCAUGGGCCUCCUGAGUGACCCAGAGUUAGGUCCAGCAGCAGCUGAUGGCUUUUCUCUGCUCAUGUCUGACUGCACUGAUGUGCUGACUCGCGCUGGCCACGCUGAAGUGCGGAUCAUGUUUCGCCAGCGGUUCUUCACAGACAAUGUGCCUGCUCUGGUCCAGGGCUUCCAUGCUGCUCCCCAAGAUGUGAAGCCAAACUACCUGAAGGGUCUGUCUCAUGUACUUCACAGGCUGCCCAAGCCUGUGCUCUUGCCAGAGCUGCCCACACUUCUUUCCCUGCUGCUAGAGGCCCUGUCCUGCUCUGACUCUGUGGUUCAGCUCUGUACCCUCAGCUGCCUUCAGCCUCUUCUACUGGAAGCACCUCAAGUCAUGAGUCUUCAUGUUGACACGCUGGUCACCAAGUUUCUGAACCUCAGCUCCAGCCCUUCCAUGGCUGUCCGGAUCGGUGCACUGCAGUGUAUGCAUGCUCUCACUCGCCUGCCCACUCCUGUGUUGCUGCCAUAUAAACCACAGGUGAUCCGGGCAUUAGCCAAGCCACUGGAUGACAAGAAGAGACUGGUGCGUAAGGAAGCAGUGUCAGCCAGGGGAGAGUGGUUUUUGCUAGGGAGCCCCGGCAGCUGAGCCCUUGAUCUUGACGUGUCUCGUCUGACAGACAAUCUAACCUGAAGAAACUCCUGACUUUGAGCCAUCUUGCCCAUAGCUGGGAGACCAUUGGCUUCUGCCUGCCUUUCCCACAGCGACAGUCCAAGUACUGGGCUUACGUUGCAUGGCUGUAGAAAAACAUCAGAGUCCUGAUUUCUAAAGGAUUUAUGAAGUAAUUAAGCAAGACUAUUUGUGUUUGAAGAAAGAUCUUGGAUCUUUUAUCGGGUGAAGGGAGCUCUGCUACUGAGGGAUGAAUGCAGAUAAGUGUGGCCCUGAGGACCAGGAAUGAUAACUGUCUACCUAAUGGAGAAUAAAGACUUCUUUGGGUAACAGGACUGACUGUCAAAUAACAGCCUCAGAAGUACACAGCUGAGGCAUCACUGCCCUGAACUUGAGGACUGGCAAUGUUAGGGAUGAGGAGGACUCAGGACAAGGAGAUACUACCAGGACCUCACUAGGCUUUGACCCCGGCUUCUUUUUCCUUCCCCUACAGUAGGGCAAAGAGUGAGACACUACAUAUCUUUACAAAUUGGUUGCCUUUAUUUUUGCUCCCUUCAGUAGUAUGUGAGAAACGGCAGUGACCUCAGGUGUUCUCCCAGACAGCAAAUGGAAAAAGAUGACUAGCCCCAGUGCUGUAUCUGGAGGGUGGGGUAGCUUAGCUGCCUGGCCCCUAGUCUGGGGCUGGAACUUCUGUUUGCCUGAGUAAAGGACAUCUGUCCUAGGAUUUGUCCACACUGUGUCUUGCUUCUGCAGUGAGCAGAAGGUUGGUCCUUGAGUUGUCCAUACAUAGUACCCCAGGGCAGGCCCACUGGCUCUGAUCAAGAGUUGAUAGAAAAGCUGCCUUUGGGGGCCCUUGAGACACUGUAGACAACAGAACAAAUACUUAAGCUGUCACUGACACAGUCCAGUUCACACUGCCAUCACAGAGGCCGAGUGCGCAGUCACCCAGGGAGGGGGCUCCCAGCUCAUUCCAUUCCCAUGGGGCAGGUGACUAGAAGGUAACAGCACCCGAGUAAGCCAGUGCCUACAAAAGAAGACAGAUAGUUCUCUGAGUUCAAAGUCCUUAGCUGUCCUUUGUGUUUAUUCUAUAGCAAACAUAUAUCAAGCACCAAAGUAGCAAGAGUUCUAUCUUUUCUCCAGCUGUGUCUAAUAAAUGCCCUCUGAAACCUUAAA